CCUCCUUGACUACGAACCUUCAUUUUUAACGCUCUCCACUUUACGGAAGAAUUUCCAUUAGGUUUUCCCUCUCCUCUCUCCUCUCUUCUCUCUCUCUCCACUUCUCUGUCUCUCUAACAAAAAGGCACCCAGUCAUUUCAGAGCUUUAGGGCGAGCACAGAGCGAAGAGGGAGGGGGAAUGGGAAUGGGAAUGGGAAUGGGAAUGGGAAUGGGAAUGGUUUCAGCAACCAAGGAUGCGAGGAUCAAGUGCACAGGGAGACCGAGAGAUGAUCUAUUGUUGAUCACAAUGUGCCUCAUAGGCUUGCCUGUUCAAGUCCAGGUCAAAGAUGGCUCCAUUUAUGAUGGGAUCUUUCACACUGCUUCUGUUCACAAGGAAUAUGGGAUUGUACUGAAAAACGCGAGGAUGGUUAGGAAAGGAAAAAUCAAUGUGAACUUACGAAGAAGUCCUCUUAUAAAUACUUUGGUUGUUCUCUCCAAAGACCUUGUUCAAGUGCUGGCAAAGGAUAUUCCACUACCUGCAGAUGGACUUUUUGAUAGCGUAGGUGGUGAAAAUGCAGAAGUUAUGAUUGGGUCUGUCAGUGCUCAAUCUUGCCUUAAUGAAUCUGAGAACGGAGCAGAUGUGCCAAACUUUGACAAUGGUGCAAUUCAAAACUCUGCACUAGAGACUACCCUUUCAAAUGGCUCGGAUGAGAACUUGCACCACAUAGAUGAAAAUACUGCCAUUUCAGAUCUGAAACAUAAAUUGGAGAACAAUGCAUUUGCAAAACUUGAUAAGGAAAUAGAAUUGAGAAGUACUGCUUCAAAACCUUUGGAAAUGGGUCAUGAAAUUGAAGUGAUGAAUAACAGUUGCUCGAUGCAGGUUGAAGAGCCUUUCAGUAACCUCUAUGUUAUAGUUGACGAUGGACAGGCUGGAAAAGGCAGGUCACAUAUGAAGGAAGAUGCUCAUGUCCAAUGUUGUGCUGAGAACGGAGGCAGGAAUCUGAAAUUUUCUGGAGGGACUUCUAUGGAUUUGCCUAUUGUACAUGAAACUCCCAUGUCAAUUUUGCCAAAUAUAAGUGAAAGUGCUCACCAUGCUAUAGAAUCUGAACCCUUCCUUGCAACAGAUAGUUCACGCUCAGAUGUUCAAACCGCAGAUUCUAAUGUCACUUUGUGUUCUACAUCAUCAGCAUGUUCAAAUGAACCAGUGCCCAUAAGAAAAUCAAUCGGUCAUUCUCAUGCUAAAGACUUCAAGCUCAAUCCAAGUGCAAAAACCUUUUUGCCAUCUCUUCCAAGUAGUAGAUCGGCAUCACCAGUGUUUGUAUCUGGUGGUUAUAUGCACGACGGUUCUUCUGUGGUACCUGUUGCUGCUACAUAUCCUGGAGCUGAAGCUAGCACUUUUGCCCCUCAUGGCAUGUUGCCAAUUAAAUUUGUCCAAUACAACAACAUGGUGACUGGAAACGUUGGGAGUGGGUCUCAAUAUGCACAGCCUGUUGUUGGAAACAUGGGCGGUAGGCAGCAGCCCUUCAGAUAUGGUGGCCAAUUUCCUCCCAUUCAAGGGAUGCCUGCAUUUAUGCCCCCAAAUAAUCAAGUAAUGGUUGGUCGCAUGGGACAACUUGUUUAUGUGCCUCCACUUUCCCACGAUGCCAUUCAAGGAGUGCCAAAUCUGUCACAAGGUUCACUUCGCCCUCACCUUGCUGUUCAUCAAGCUCAUUUGCCAAAACAACAUGGUAUUGGAGGGCAGUCAUUUACGUUAUAUAUGCCUCCACCCAUGGUAGCUGGCCCGCAGCAGCCAUUUGCAUUACCAGCUCCCGUGCCGAUUUCGCAACCUUUUGCCGCUAUUCGUCCUCCAAUUUUUAGUAACAAGUUUCAUGUAUAAAGUCUUUGAGGACUUAGUUCUUUCAAUUGCAACUAAUUGUCGGAAGAUUGAAAAUUCUUAAAUUUUGGUAUGUGAAUGUUUUGGCAGAAAAUAAAUGUGGCAUAGCGCGCUGUAUUUUUAA